AUGAUCCCCGUUAUUUUACUAUCCUUGGUGUCGACGGUUCUUGGAGUACCACAAUGGUACGGUGGUCCUGCACCCUACGCUCUCCAUGGGGCUGCUGCUCCACUCGGCCCGGAUGGCCGUGUAAUUGACACACCUGAGGUCGCUCAGGCGAAAUCGGCCCAUCUGGCGGCACUGGCUGAAGCCGCUGCCCGGGCACCAAAGGGACACGCUGGACCUUACGACGGACCAGCCUCCGGUUUACCGUAUGGACAUGGUGGAUACGCACCACGAUACAGUGGACCACCAGCUCCUUUGGGCGCUGACGGCCGAGUAGUCGACACCCCCGAAGUGCAACAGGCCAAGGCCGUUCACUUCUCCCUGUACAACGCAGAAGUCCAGAAAGCUGGUCCAGCUCCGGCAGUUCCAGCGGCAAAUCCAUGGGGGGUGCCAAGUUAUAACGACGGCUCCUACAAUCCAGCCAAUGAUUACUACUGAGCAACGCUGCCAUGACAGCAAUAUCGCGACCCGAGUACGAACUAAUAUAUAGACAUGAACGGCGCGCCUCUUUAAUUUA